GAAACGAUUAUCACAGACAGGAAGUAAACCACACAUUUGCAAAAAUAUUAACAUUCUGGAGCAUAAACUGUAGGGGGAAAAAAGUACGUUCGUUUGCUGUUAGCUAACAGAAAUCAAUAUGAGUCAGUUAAUGAUUGCUCUCUCAUCAAACUAAAGCGAACAAGCAAGGUAUUUCAGGCAGAAGUGUGAAAUGUCGUUUCCCCAGCCCAAACCUGAGGUCCCUCAGCUCCCCCAAAACCUUCUCAGGACCAUAGACUGCCAACAAGGGGCUGUAAGAGCUGUGCGAUUCAAUGCUGAUGGUAACUACCUGCUGUCUUGCGGCAGUGACAAGUCUCUGAAGUUGUGGAGUGUAAGUCGAGGGACACUGCUGAAGACGUACAGUGGCCAUGGAUACGAGGUUCUAGAUGCUGAUGGAGGUACGAGUUACCAGACCCAGUCUCAGGGAUGGCUUACUCUGGAGAUCCCUUUCAUCUCCACUGAUUCCUAUGACAACAGCCAGCUGUGUUCCUGCAGCUCGGACAAGACGGUGAUCCUCUGGGACGUCGCCACGGGACAGGUCACCCGGAAACUCAGGGGUCACGCUGGGAAAGUCAACUGUGUCCAGUUCAAUGAAGAAGCUACAGUCAUUUUAUCUGGCUCCAUAGAUGGUACAGUGCGCUGCUGGGACACCAGGUCCAGAAAAUUUGACCCCAUCCAGAUUCUGGACGAGGCUCAGGAUGGUGUCAGCAGUCUGAAGGUGUCUGAACACGAGCUGCUCACUGGGUCAGUGGACGGGAGAGUGAGACGGUAUGACCUGCGGAUGGGCCAGCUGCAUGUGGACUUCAUCAACAGCCCCAUCACGUGUGUGUGUUUCAGUGCGGACGGCCAGUGCACUCUGACCUCCAGCCUGGACUCCACCGUGCGUCUACUGGACAAGAGCACAGGGGAGAUGCUGGGAGAGUACACAGGACACAAGAUGAAGGGCUACAAGCUGGACUGCUGUCUGUCUAGUAAGGAUACUCACGUCCUGAGCUGCUCUGAAGACGGACACGUGUACUGCUGGGACCUGGUAGAGGGUUCUCUGAUGCUGAAGCUGCCAGUCGGGAAGGCUGUCGUCCAAUCGCUGUCUUUCCAUCCCUCGGAGACCCGCCUCCUCACAGCCAUGGAGGGGCGUGUCCAGGUGUGGGGGGCGGAGCCAGAGGAAACUGAAGAGGAGGUGGUGGUUGUUCAACAGGAAAAAGCAUAGUAAUCAUUAGGUGGACAUGACAGAAAGGACAAGAGUCAUGAUAUCGUCAGAACUGAUGAGUACUACUGUACUGAACUGCCUGUUCUUCACUAAGGGUUAGGGAUCGGAUUUUGGUUCAGGGAAAUGGUUGUGUGGUUGAAAAGUGCCGUUGCUUCCAUGGCUAAAAUAUGGAAUAAAUCAAUGAAAGUACUGCUGAUGUCCCAGCAUUAUCAAUAAUGUUUUUUAAAAUAUUCAUUGUAAAUAUUUUGUAAAUGAUGAGUUUUGAAUAAACCCUUUGUAUUUUCCAAAUGAA